AUGGAAGAAAAAGUUGUUGAAAGAGAAUCAGCGUGGAGUUGGGGACCUCAUAAUAGCGUCUUCACUUCACUCUCAACAAUUUCAAUCGUUUGUCUUCUUUUAAUCUAUGGUUCUAGUCUUCUCAUAAGUCAGGUUACAGUAUUCUAUAAAAAUUCUCACGGUAUGAAAGAAUUUGAUAGUUUGUCCAACAGGCUUUUUCCACAAAAGCACACAAGUAUUGAAGGCAAGGUUCCGUUAACUUUUAAGAGUGUUAGAGCAGGUACCUUUAAACCUGAGACUAAAGAAAUACAGUGGUUAGAGACAUCUGUCUCUAAAACCAAUGAUACGGGUGACUUUGUUGUCACUAAAGGAUCGAAAUACUUUUUAAAAAAUGUGCAAGAUCCAGAGUUUUCUAAACUGUUAUAUGAUGGUUCGGAGAUCGUUUAUGAUGAUAAAAAGUAUAAGAUUGAGGAUGUCGUCUUCAGUAAUGAUUUGAAGCAUGUUCUUUUGGUGUGCGACAAAAUUCACAACUGGAGACAUUCGUUCUUCGCAUCCUAUUUCAUUUAUAAUAUCGAGACGAAAACUACGCAGUCAUUGUAUGAUAAAAAUAACGAAUUGAAUGAGAAAAUUGCUUUGGCCAAAUGGUCUCCUGAUUCCAAGAAGAUUGCAUUUGUGCUUGAGAACAACGUGUAUAUUAAGAAUAUUUCCGAUUUUAUUCAUCCAACUUUGACGCAAGUUACCCAUGAUGGGGGAAAAGAGAUUUUCUAUGGCAAGCCAGACUGGGUAUAUGAAGAGGAAGUUUUCGAAAGUGAUACCGCUCUCUGGUGGUCCCCAAAUUCUGAGUUUUUAUCUAUGUUACGUUGCAAUGAUACGCAAGUGCCAACUUACCCGAUACCAUAUUUUGUCCAGGAUGAUGAGAAGUACAAAAAUUCCUCGUAUCCAGAGUUACGAGAGAUUAAGUAUCCGAAGGCCGGUUAUCCAAAUCCAGUUGUUGACUUCUUGGUUUACGAUAUGUCUGCUGAGGAAGUUAAAUAUAUCGACCAGGAUGAUGAUUUUUAUCAUGACAAGGAUAUUCCAAAUGAUACCAGACUUAUUACAGAAAUGGUUUGGGUCGGAGACCAGCAAGUUCUAGUGAGAACCACAAAUCGUGUCUCUGAUAUCUUGAAAAUUUUCAUAGUUGAUGUUACUGGUUCAAAACUGAACAGUACAUUGACUCGCUCGGAAGACUUACGGAAGAAGAAUAGUUGGUUUGAAAUUGAACACAAUACCCUCUAUAUUCCAAAGGCCGAAACACGGCCAGAAGAAGGAUAUAUUGAUGUUCUUGAGGUCGAUGGCUAUGAUCACUUAGCUUACUUCUCGCCACCUACUGCCGCGACACCAAAAGCUUAUCUAACUAGAGGUGAUUGGGAGGUUGUUGGUGGACCACGAGCAUUUGAUUACAUCACUAACAAGGUUUACUUUAUAUCAACAGAAAAAUCUUCAAUGGAAAGACACCUUUAUUCUGUCGGUUUAGAUGGAAAAGAUAAAACAAAUGUCACGGAUGUUUCUAAGGAGGGUGUUUAUUCUGCAUCGUUUUCCAAGGGUUCUCGCUAUUUACUAUUGAAUUACAACGGUCCGGAUGUUCCAUAUCAAAAUUUGAUUGACCUCCACACAAUGAAAGUUGACUCAUUUGAGACAAAUGAAAAGUUGAAAGGCGUUCUUGAAAAGUAUAUCGUUCCAAAAGUUAUUUAUGGUGAGUUGAAUUUGGGUGAUGGUGUGAAAGCUAAUUACAAGCAGACUUUUCCAUUGAAUUUUAAUCCUUCUCAUAAGUAUCCACUACUCUUUUUCGUUUAUGGAGGCCCGGGUUCCCAGUUGGUUGUAAAAACUUUUGGGCAGCCUUUUUCAUCUGUGAUUGCGUCAGAACUAGACGCUGUUGUUGUUACCGUUGAUGGUAGAGGAACUGGCUUUAAAGGCAAACAAUUCAGAAAUGUUGUGAAAAAUAAUCUUUCUCAUUAUGAGGUUAUUGAUCAGAUCGCAGCUGGAAACAUUUUUAUUUCCAAGCCAUAUAUUGAUCCCGAGAGAACAGCCAUUUGGGGCUGGUCUUAUGGAGGGUUCAUGACUUUGAAAACUUUGGAAAAAGAUCAGGGGAAUGUUUUCAAGUAUGGUAUGGCUGUUGCACCUGUUACAAACUGGAUGUUUUAUGAUUCCAUUUACACUGAGCGUUAUAUGAAUACACCUCAGAACAAUCCAAACUAUAAAAAUGGUUCUGUUCAUGACGUUGAAGGUUUUAAAUCAGUGAAGAGAUUUUUGCUUAUGCAUGGUACUGGUGAUGAUAAUGUUCAUCUACAGAACAGUUUAAAGUUCUUGGAUAUGCUCGACCAAGCAGGUGUAGAGAAUUAUGAUGUGCAUGUCUUUCCAGAUAGCGACCACUCUAUCAGCUAUCACAAUGCAAACACUAUCGUGUAUGAUAAAUUGUUCAUUUGGUUAAAACUUGCCUUUGCAGGUGUUUAUGAUGAGAUUUAUGAGCCUGUCAGAAUUGACAAUUACGGGCCAAUCGAUCCCGAUCUCCAUGUUUUGUGA